GACCCCAUGGGCUGCGUCUCUAUCCAGCUUUGUUCCUCAGAGGAUUGUCCAUCCCAGGAACAUCUUUGAGGACAGAGGCAAAGCCUGGCCUUGGCCAGGGCUCUGCCAGCAAUGAGGGGCUACACUGCCAAGCAGAUCCCUCCCCUCCUGGGGGCUACUCGAUAUGGUACCAAGAGUCACAUUUGGUACCCAGGAACUCAGGACCGUGGGGAGAGUGAGGCCCAGGGACCUAGUGACAUCAGAGAGGCCUCCAGAAGCAGCUCCCUAGAGAGCUGAAGGCAGCUGUCUCCCGUGCAUCCAAGUGAGGAGUGUUCUGUCUGCACCCACCAGUCUGCGAAACAGCUGCUCUGUGCCAGGCUUACGUUGGCCUGGGGCCCCUAGAGGAACCAGCCACACUUGUUCCCCCACCCACACCCUGCACUUGGCUCCAAAGGAAAGGGGGUAGGGGUGGAGCCGUGUUCCAAAGGGGCCUCCAAGGCAAAUGUUCCGAGCGUGGGAGCUCGUGGGUGUCUGCCUCCGCGCACAGGCAGCUGCCAGGCCUGCUGCGUGGCCGAGGGCUUCUUCAGGCCCUUCCAAAUCGUGUGCCUCGUUGUGUCCGAGACAGGAAUUCCGUGGCGGCUUGGGCUGUGGGUGUGGGCCUUAGCCACAAGCUGGUGGUCUCAGGAAUGGGACCUGGAGCCCCUGCAGGGUGGCGUCCUGUGCACCUAAUCUCACCUGGUUCCGUCUCCCACACCCUGCUCCUUGAGUGAUGCAGGGAGAUCCAGGACAGGGAGGCCCAUCGCCAUUUAAUCCUACGUUUGCCGUGGGUGCAGAGCAGGAAUGCUGCACAGAGCACGUUCAACAGGACCUCUCGACCUCCUGCCCCCUGAGGUCUGCAGUCUCCUGAACCCAGCAGCCAUCUAUGCCAACAAUGAGAUCAGCCUGCGUGAUGUUGAAGUCUAUGGCUUUGACUACGACUACACGCUGGCUCAGUAUGCAGACGCGCUGCACCCCGAGAUCUUCAGUGCCGCCCGCGACAUCCUGAUUGAGCACUACAAGUACCCAGAGGGGAUCCGGAAGUAUGACUACGACCCCAGCUUUGCCAUCCGAGGCCUCCACUACGACAUUCAGAAGAGCCUUCUGAUGAAGAUUGAUGCCUUCCAUUACGUGCAGCUGGGGACGGCCUACAGGGGUCUCCAGCCUGUGCCUGAUGAGGAGGUGAUAGAUCUGUAUGGGGGCACCCAGCACAUCCCACUGUACCAGAUGAGUGGCUUCUACGGCAAGGGACCCUCCAUCAAGCAGUUCAUGGACAUCUUCUCGCUGCCAGAAAUGGCACUGCUGUCCUGUGUGGUGGACCACUUCCUGGGUCACGGCCUGGAGUUUGACCAGGCGCACCUCUACAAGGAUGUGACGGAUGCCAUUCGAGAUGUGCACGUGAAGGGCCUCAUGUACCAGUGGAUCGAGCAGGAUAUGGAGAAGUACAUUCUGAGAGGGGACGAGACCUUCGCCGUGUUGAGCCGCCUGGUGGCCCAUGGGAAGCAGCUCUUCCUCAUCACAAACAGUCCUUUCAGCUUCGUGGACAAGGGGAUGCGGCACAUGGUGGGUCCCGACUGGCGCCAGCUCUUCGAUGUGGUCAUCGUCCAGGCGGACAAACCCAGCUUCUUUACUGACCGGCGCAAGCCUUUCAGAAAACUCGACGAGAAAGGCUCCCUGCACUGGGACCGCAUCACCCGCCUGGAGAAAGGCAAAAUCUAUCGGCAGGGAAACCUAUAUGACUUCCUGCGCCUGACGGAGUGGCGUGGACCCCGUGUGCUCUACUUCGGAGACCAUCUGUACAGUGAUCUGGCGGACCUCAUGCUGCGGCACGGCUGGCGAACCGGUGCCAUCAUCCCCGAGCUAGAGCGCGAGAUCCGCAUCAUCAACACAGAGCAAUACAUGCACUCCCUGACGUGGCAGCAGGCACUCACGGGGCUUCUGGAGCGCAUGCAGACGUACCAGGAUGCUGAGUCGCAGCAGGUGCUGGCUGCCUGGGUAAAGGAGCGGCAGGAGCUGAGGUGCAUCACCAAGGCCCUGUUCAACGCUCAGUUUGGGAGCAUCUUCCGCACCUUCCACAACCCCACGUACUUCUCACGGCGCCUCGUGCGCUUCUCUGACCUCUACAUGGCCUCCCUCAGCUGUCUACUCAACUACCGGGUCGACUUCACCUUCUACCCACGCCGCACACCCCUACAGCAUGAGGCGCCACUCUGGAUGGACCAGCUCUGCACCGGCUGCAUGAAGACGCCCUUCCUUGGCGACAUGGCCCACAUCCGCUGAGGGCACCUUUAUUGUCCAGAACAGGUCCUAACCCCUCCUGCCCCACCCGUGCUGGGCGUCUGUUCAGGGCGGGCAAUAAAAGUAGUCUCCCUCCUG